UGUCACACUGACAGCUUGAGAGGAGAGGAGAGCAGGUACACAUAGACACUGACAGGUGGCACUGCUGGGGCUACACUGAUCAUCAGGGCACACUGAUCAUCAGUGCCCUGAUGAUUAGUAUAGCCCCAGCAGUGCCACCUGCCAGUGUCCUUCAGUGCCAGCUGUCAAUGCUCAUCAGUGCCACCAAUGCCACAUAUCAGUGCCCAUCUGAGCUGCCUUUCAGUGUCACCCAUCAGUGCCAGUCAGUGCCACCUAUCAAUGCCAAUCAGUGCUGCCAGUCAGUGCCACCUAUCAGUGCCAUAUAUCAGUGCUGCCUUUCAGUGCCCAUCAGUGAUGCCUGUCAAUGCCCAUCAGUG